AACAAAAAGGUUCGAAACCAACGUAAACCCUCGUCUAAACCUCUCUUCUUCCAUUUUUUUUUCUUUUUUUUUUUUUUUUAGAAUUUUAAUUUGGUGAUAUAUUCUCCGAAAGGCCCAGUACUAUUCAGUGAAUUUUCUUUACUGAAAGGAGGGUGAAAAUGCCCUCAGAGGAUGCGAAGGCUGUGAAGAAAAUUGAAGAGGCGGAAGAGCAAGAAGGGGACGAUAACAAGAGUUUGAGCACUAUUAUUGACAGCCGCAAGAAGAAACCCACCAAUAAUGUUGUCACUUCAGCAGCCAAAUCUCGACCAAAAGAAGCCAAAGUUAAGAAAGAAUACACCAAAGAUUGUGAUUCUGAUUCAGAUUCUAAUAAACCCAUAGCUCGCCGCAACGUUGCCAAAGUCAAGAAGGAAGAGAAUAACCACGCCGAAGACCAAGACGAAGACGACAAGCCUCUUGCUAAGAGGAGCUCCAAUACUAAGCCCGAUAAGAUUCUGAUAAACCCAUUGCUUCGCUACAAGGAUGCCAAAGUCAAGAAGGAAGAGAAUAACCGCGACGAAUACGAAGACGACAAGCCCCUUGCCAAGAGGAGCUCUAUUACUAAGCCCGAUAAGGAUUUGAAGAAAAAAAAUAAAGAGGAAGAGAAGAAGAAGAAGACAGCAGAGGUUACAACUGAGCAGAAGAAGAGGCAAAAAAAGGUUUUUGAUUUGCCUGGGCAGAAGCGAGACCCUCCUGAGGAGAGGGACCCAUUAAGGAUUUUCUACGAAACGCUGUAUAAGCAAAUUCCACAUAGCGAAAUGGCACAGUUCUGGAUGAUGGAAUGUGGUUUGCUUUCAAAAGAGGAGGCGAAGAAAGCCUUUGAGAAGAAGCAGAAGAAGAGUCAGCAGCAAAGGCUGGGUACCCCAACAAAAUCUGCAGUUGCUGUUAAGAGCACCAAGUCUCCUACUGUUAAGAGUACAACAUCAUCCUCCCCAAAUUCUUCCAAUAAAAAGACCAAAACAGAAUCCAAAACUGGUUCUAAGCAGACUAGAAAGCGGAAGAUUGAAGAUGAAAGCUCCGAUGAUGAUUCUGAUGAUGACUUUGUGGCCAACAGACUCAUGAAGAAGAAGAGAGCAGCCUAAUUUAUAAUGUUUCCCAUUAAUUCAAAAUUCAUUUGCUAUUUGAAAAUCAUGAUUUAGCUGAUUAGUUGUUGUUGCCAACAUUGCCUUUAUUAUUAGUUCUACGAUUUAAGUAAUGGAAACUUUUCACCUAACGACUUUUAUUGUCAACUCUAAUUUGAGACCUUGGAUUAUUAAUUAACCAAAAUUCCUCAGUACUCCA